CCUGGCCAGCACCGCAUCAUGGUCGUGCUCGCUUAUGUGUCGAAAAAAUGAUAUAGUCUCCCGGUUCUGUCCCUGGUAUCGGGCGAUCUCACAAACUCCCAGAUCCAUCCUGAGACUCACACACCAGGAUGUCAAAGUACGUGACCAAGUACGUCCCGAGCGGCUCGACCGUCAAGGCGAGGGCAACGUCCCUCAGUGCCUGGGAACUUCCAAAGCAAGAGUCUGCCCUUGCUCCCAAAGAUGUCUGGACCAACGCCGACAUGGACCCUGUGCCUCCAAAGUACCAAACAUGGACACUUUGGACAUGGAUGGCUUAUUGGGCCACCGAUACCAUCAAUUUAGGUACUUGGGAAACCGCGUCGUCCGUUAUCGCUGUCGGCCUGAACUGGCGCGAUGCCAUUCCCAUCAUGGUUGUCGGUACCUCCUGCGUUGCUGUUCCCAUGGUUCUCAACGGUGCGAUCGGAGCUAAACUGCAUAUUCCGUUCUCUGUCAUCGUUCGAUCCAGCUUCGGUUUCUACUUUGGCUAUUUCUGCAUCUUCUCUCGAUGUGUCCUGGCUUGCUUCUGGCUCGGCAUUCAAGGCGCCAACGGUGCUCAAUGUCUCACCAUCAUGCUCACCGCGAUUUGGCCUUCGUACGCGCACAUCAAAAACCAACUUCCAGCCGACGCCGGCAUUACAACGCAAGGCAUGAUCAGCUACUUCCUUUUCUGGAUCAUCCAGCUACCGCUCCUUUUGAUCCCGCCCACAAAAUUGCGAUGGCUCUUCAUCGUCAAGCUGGUUGCCGCUCCCGUCACCGCACUUGCAACUCUUGGCUGGAUCGUGCACAAGGCUGGAGGCAGCGGUGCCAUUUUCAGUCUUCCCGAGACUGUCCACGGCAGCACUCGCGCAUGGUUGUGGCUAUCUUGCAUGUCCUCCGUGACCGGUAGCUGGGCCACCCUUGCGUGCAAUAUUCCCGACUUCAGCCGUUACGCCCGAUCGUCCAAGGGCCAAUACAUUCAACUGCCGUUUCUUCCAGCCAUUUUCACCGUCUGUGGUGUCAUGGGUAUUGUCACGACUUCUGCCUCCAAAGUUGUCUACGGGGAUUAUCUCUGGAACCCUCUGGACAUCAUCGACCAGUGGCUCGGUAGCCACGGUGGCCGCGCCGCAGCUUUCUUCGCCGCACUCUCUUGGUACAUAGCCCAAGUCGGCACCAACAUCACUGCGAACAGUAUUUCAGCCGCCAACGACAUGACAGUCAUGUGUCCCAAGUACAUCAACAUCAAGCGCGGGUGCGUUCUUGCGGCGAUCAUCGGCGGCUGGGUCAUUGUGCCCUGGAAAAUCCUGAGCUCUGCCGAGACAUUCCUAGCCUUCAUGGGCGGAUAUGCCGUGUUUUUGGCCCCGAUGGCCGGAAUCAUCGCCUCGGACUACUGGAUUGUCAAGAGACAGCACAUGGACGUCCCCGCAUUGUACGACCCUCACGGCCGCUACCGGUACAACGUCACAGGCAUCAACUGGCGCGCCAUGCUGGCGUUCUUGCUUGCCGUCUGCCCCAACCUGCCCGGAUUGGCGUACAGCAUCAAUAACAACACCAAAAUCACGAGCGGCGCCAAGAACUUGUAUACUUUCGAUUGGUUGUACGGAUUCCUCGUGAGCAUCUUGGUCUACAGCGUCACGAGCUACAUCUGGAAGCCUUCGAACCAACUCGUGCCCAAGACCGUGUACGGCAUUCCGCAGGACCCCGCGGACGAGGAAGCCUACGAGGAGCAGUAUGAUGAGAAGGUGCUCAGGCGGGAUAGUCUGGUCGGCAAUCCCAAGGGAUUUUCAAAUGUAGGUGGGAUCGACAACAUGGCGAGUGCGUUGCACUUGAGGAAGUCUGUUGAUGAAACUGCCAGGGAGAGCAUCGAGGUCAGGAGGGCCAGUAGGGCCAGCCAAGGUGGACAAGGCCCUCAUCCACCAGGGACGGUGCCAAGUCAUCUGAGGGGCGUGGAUCAGCAGGUGUUGGAUGAGAAAUUGGCAUGAAAAACUUACCCAAGGUAGUUGUACAAUACCCUUCCGAAGAAAGUCAAGACUUGAAAAGAAGUCCAGGGGUGGAGUUCCUGGAUGGUGUUGUGAUAUGAGCGAUUCCUGGGAUCGGUCGUGAACAGGGAGGAUCUUGACCGUGCUGAGAGUGUAUGUUAGAUUUCAAAUGUGCCCGGCUGAUUGGAUGUUGAUGUUGGUGUCGAUUGUGACGAGAUGAGACGAAUUGAUACCCUCACUAUAGCCUUAUAGAGAGCUCAACUGUAUGGGAUUCUGCGGCGUUUGAUCACAUUCGACAUUCGCUGUUCCGAGGAGACCCCAUAAGAAAGGACAAGGGAAUGAGCGACACUGUCAAUGUCGUGGCUGCUCACCAUGUCGGCUUUACUGGUGAAUAAGCAUCUUCUCGCCGUUGGUGUCAUAUCGCCCGCCAUCUUUGA